GAGCGCUGGCCCGGCGGCCCGCGGGGAUGCUGCGCUACAGCUCCGGGCUCACGGUCACCGCCACCACCCCCCGGAGGCCGCCGGGCGACGGUGGCCGCUCCCGGCGGAAGAUGAAUGUGUGCAGGCUACGCUUAACAGUGCCACCUGAUGAAGUGUCACAGCCUGAGCAGGGACCAAAGGAAACUGAGAGAAAGAAAAGUGAGCUCUACCAUGUACCAAAUGGGAUGUCUCCAGGGAAGCUCUCUCAUGGGAUGGUGUAUGGUGUUGUGCACCGAACUGACAACAACCAUAAGAGAGAAAUGGUGGUUUAUGGCUGGUCAGCUGACCAGCUGAAAGAGGAGAUGAAUUACAUUAAAGAAGUGAGAGCAACUCUGGAAAAAGUAAGAAAGAAAAUGUAUGGUGAAUAUGAUGAAAUGAAACGAAAAAUACAGCAGCUUACAAAUGAACUGAAAGUGACAAAUGCUCAUCAGGAAUCCUUAGAGAAUCAUGUGCGAGUGCAGGCUGCAGCCUUAGAUAGCUUUAGCGAAAUGAACAGCUCCUUGACAUCAGCAUCAAUAGACUUGCAGAAAACUCUAGUGGAUGUUACAUUGGAGAACACUGACAUAAGGGAACAAAUAAGGAAUUUAAAACAUACACAUGAGCAAUCUAUGGAAAAGCUGAGAGAAAAGCAAAAGCAACUGGAAACGGCACAAAUUGAAAAUCAGUUACUGAAAUUAAAGGUGGAAUCAUCACAGGAAGCCAAUGCUGAAGUCAUGAGAGAGAUGACCAGAAAGCUGUAUAGUCAGUAUGAGGAAAAAAUGCGAGAAGAGGAACAGAAACACAAGGCUGAGAAAGAAAUGCUCCUGGAGGAAACAAAUCGGCUUCUGAAGGCUAUUGAGGAGGCAAAUAAGAAGAUGCAGAUUACAGAAACAAGCAUACAGGAGAAAGACCAGAGAAUUGGUGAGCUGGACCGGCUGAUUGAACGCAUGGAAGAGGAACGUCACCAGCUGCAAAAACAACUUGAAUUAAAUGAACGACAAAUAUCUGGAGCAAAAUCUGAAAACAACUCCAACAGUGAAAGGUCACAGCAUUUGGAGGAGGUAGCAGCCAGCCUGAGAGAGCGGAUCAAGCAUCUGGAUGACAUGGUCCACUGCCAGCAGAAGAAAGUCAAGCAUAUGGUUGAGGAGAUUGAAAUGCUAAGGAAGAAAGUGAAAGAAAAGGAAUUAUUUAUAAUACAGCUUUUAGACAAAAUCUCUUUCUUAGAAUGUGAGAAUAAAGAAUUACAAGAUAAACUGGACUACUUAAUGGAAAACCAACCAAAGACCAAUAUAGAAACCAAGGACACUGGUGUAGAAUGUGAUCUUCCAUACAGGAAGUUCAUUGCUAGGCUUCCGGAUAAGGGUAAGAAGAUCUCUGAUUUUGCUGAAAAGCUGAAGCUUGCCAUUUUCCAAGAGGAAGAAGUAGCCAGGACAACUGAGCUGUUAUCUGCUGUCAGGUUGGAGUUUCAGGCAAAACAGGAGGAGAUUAAUGCAAGCAAACAGGAAGCUGUCCUAACUGAGAAUGCAGUGAACAGUUCAGAUUCCUCAGUCUUUAAUGAAAACUCUAAUAUUAAAGACAUUUCUAACAUUUCUGCUGAAAGGCAGGAGGCAGAAUGUAUUGAAGAAGAUGCCACAAAUACAGCUUUGGAAAAUCAAAGGACUCAGAGGAAAAAUAAUAAAGUAAAGACUGCUACAAAGGAUCAGAAUAGUUUCUGUGACGUUGUCUCCAAGUCAGCCACAAGCAAUCACCUGGACAAUGAUCAUCAAGCCUCCCAGAGCAAUACUGAGGGUGGUACAGAAAGUACAGCUGCUUUGGACAAUAGUAAAGAAGCCUUGGUUGAUGCCUUUCAAAGAGUUACAAUUGCAGAUGGAGAAAAUAGUGAAAAAAUAUCGGAAAAAGAGCAGGAUGUGGCAAAACAUAAGGGCAAUGUAUUUGGAAGCCAGCAUCCCAAGACACCACAUUAUAUUGAAGUUCUAGAGGCCAGAGCCAAGAAUCCAGUCAUAAAAAAACCCAAAUUUAAAACAAAUGCACUAUCAGGAGAGCAGAGUGGAUCAUCUCAUGGUUCCUCAUCCAGUCGAUCACCCGGGGGAUUUGGCUCCCCAGUUCCUCCAGAAGAGAGACGACUCAGAGAUAAGAAACAUUUGGAUGACAUCACAGCAGCUCGACUGCCACCACUUCACCACUCUCCUGCUAAGCUGUUAUCCUUAGAGGAAUCCAUAGCAAUUCAGAUACAGCAAAAAGAAGCUUAUGAGGAAAUGCAAGCCAAGCUUGCAGCACAGAAGCUUGCAGAGAGACUGAAUAUAAAAAUGCUCAGGUUUGAACCAGAGGGGGAGGCCUCAAUGCAGUACAGAGAAGUGAGAGAUGAAGAUUAUUUUUCAGCAGAAGACUGAAAAACUACAUUAAAGGAUGUCUGUGGAUGAGCCAUGUAACUGAUCUUUAUGCAGUACUUCUUAAAACCCAAACCUGAAUAUUGAGAAUUCUUCAUCUAGACAGUUUUUUCUUAAAAUUUUCACUGACACCUCCAGGAAAGGUUCAGCAUAGGCAUCAUAAAUGUGCACAAUUCAAUUACUCAGUCUUCUUUGGGGACUGUAUUUUGAGCACUUGUGGCAAUUAAUCCUUGUGGAAUGCCCCACAGUUCUCAGCUUUAGCAAAGUGAAUUCUCUAGUACAGUUUUGCAAUCUAUGAUGGGUCAGCUACAAGAGAAGGUUUCUUCAAAUGUGUUUGCAAAGGGCUUUGGCAUGAAGCAUGUCCACAAAGUAAGCUGAGGUGCCUGUGAACUGCUCACGUAUAUGAAAGCUCUUGUCUCAUAUAAAUGUGAGCUACUUCUUUUACCUAUUUAAUAUUGCCUUGUUUUUAUGGUAGGGUGAAAAUGCCUGCCCAAAGACUUGCAAUAAAUACCUGAUCUUUAGGCUGUAAGGUAACUUCUUAUCACAUGAGAACUUGUUUCUGUGCCUGCACCUUAAAAUAACACUUUCCCUCAUGUUGCAAAUUGGUAAGAAUUUAAAGUUAUUUUGUAACUCAGAUUCUGUUUGGGCUUUAAGGGACUCUGCUGUUUCAUUUUUGGUUAUUAUGGCAAAGCACAUCAAGAGAUCAAGUUAAUCUGAAGACUUUACUAUUUUUAUUAAAGAUUUUUAUGUUUUUCUGUAUUUUUGUACACUGCUUUCAUACUUUGGAGGUACUAUUUUUUCAUAGUCCAAUACUUUAAAUUAAGAAAUCAACUCUCUGGAUUACUUGGAUAAAGUGUUGUGUGUAUUUUUAAGUUUUGGUUCUUAUUCGAAGACAAAAAACAACCUUCCUUACAAGACCAUAAAUAAUAAUUUGAAUUUUGAAAUAUAAGGAACAUACUUGACAAGUAUCUCACAAUGGUAUUUUCACUGUGGAUUAAGAUUUUUCUGAGCCUAGUUUGAGUUCAGUUCUUAAAAGCAAACCUCAGAAAUUCCUUGUAUAGCCUGGCAACACCAGAUUUUUUCCAAGAUGUUGCCACAGCUAUGUGUGCAGGGCUGUCCCUGAAUGUGUACAUGUUCCUCCAGAAAUGAUGUCUUUGGAAACCAAGGCUGCUCCAGCUGCAAGUCACUUAAAAAGCUCAGGAUGAAAAUGUGGGAGGAAGGUGUCAGCCACUCCUUGAGCGCAGACAGCGCUUUCCUAGCAGGCAGUAAAUCUCUCCCAAGUGCUCCACAAGCCCUCCUGGGCAGUCAGUCCCUGUGGCAGAGUCCAUCCCCUGGCACUGCAGUUGGACAGAUGGAACUGCUGCUAAGUGAACUGUGAUAUUUUUUUACUAGAUCAUCUCUUGCUCUUUCCUGAACCCUUUCCUCUUGCAACCUUCUUGUUCUCAAUGAUCAUUGCCUUCUCCUCAGCUGCUCUUCCCUUUUUCUCAUUAGGCUUACCUGCUGCCACUAAGCCCAAUCCAUAUUCUGCAUCCCUGCACCACCCAUUCCUUUCCUGUGACAUACUGCUGCGUGUGUCUGUGACUCCUGCCAUGUGUCAUGCCUCCUCCUGCCACUGCUAUCUUAUCUUGCUUUCUGGAACUCCAUCUAAAUACCAGCUGUCUACCUGGCACCUCCUUACAUGCCUCAGUCCCUUGAAUACCUCACAGAGGCCUCAAUAUCUUUGUGUUUUCCCCAUGACUGCUCUCCUGAGGCUUUCCUUAUUUCCUGUUUUGGUUUCAGACUCUGCAGGUGUUUGUCAUUUCCAGACCUUUUCACCUUUCUUCCUUCUUUUCAUACUUGGGUUUUCCCUCCUCUCUUGUCUAUGCUCCUUCUUCAUCCUCCCAGCUUCUCACCAUCACUUGUCAGCGCAAUUCUCUGGCUUGUUUUCGGCAAUUCACAUUCAUCCCCCAGCAUCCGUGUUGAUGACCCAGUGGAUCUCAGUUGUAUCUAUUUCUGUCCAGCACGUGGCUCUGACUCACGGGCCAGAGGAAUGAUCUUCUCUUGUGGAUGCAGCUCAUCUCUCAGAUCAAUGCUUUCCAUGCUGCCACCUGCUUGUCCAGCUGCGUCUUGUCAUCAGCCCUGCCAUUAUUGCAGUCUGUACUGCUCAAGGACAAGCAGCCUCAGAAUUGUAUUGGCUUUCCCUUUGCUAUUUCAUGAAACAUAAAUUACUGCUUCCAGGCUGUUUGCAUCUCUUCCCCUGGUUAGUAUCAUUGCCCUUGUCCUGUACUGAUUGUGCUGUCACACCUCUGAAAGAUGCUGGGUGUGUUUUUCUCUGUGCUGGCUUUUCUGUGCUAAAGGAAUUCACACAAAGCUACACAGGCACUUGUUUUCUAGAGUACUGAAAUUUACCUCUACCUAGUCUUCUGCUGACCACACACUUCUGCUAACUAAACCAACUCUUUUCCUUGUGCAAUUAACACAUACUUUUGCUCUCUAAACUUUGAAAAGCAUAGGCAUUUUUCUUGAUCUUUAUCUUGAUAGCAUUCAACAUGUUGGGCCUUUCCCAGAAUGAUUCCUGAAUGGUCAAACUUCACCCUUAAGGGGAGGUAGCAUGGGGUGGAAAUCACUGUGGUAACAGGUAAAGAGCAUUAUGUAUUUGUUAAACAAUUUGUAGCUGUUCAGUGCAGUUUUGGGGAGCUCUUGUGGAGGAGAGUUUUGUGUGAAUACAAAACCAAGUUAAAGAUAGGAAUUUUAAGUUAUUAUUUUAAAAUUUGUAAAACCUAGAAGCUUUCCUUGGUGCUGUUGCUUCUGAGCAGAGGUGUGCACUUGCAUUAAGAUUCUGUGAAUGAUAAGAAAGCAAAAUCAGGUUUAAAAAGAGUCCUCUUUUAAGACAGGGUGUGCAAUCUUGAAGUCUGUGGAAGGUUAGAGUACAAGAGGAUCAUGAAAGGAUUUGUUGGAUAAUAAAAGGAUGAAUAAAUGGUUUAGUCACAUUGAAAAAUACUUCUGAUUAAGUGUGGUAUUGCUGUUAUGUAUUUCAUUGUUUCCCAGUUCCAGGUCAUUUCAAAAUAUAUAUUGGGAGCUGAGGAGCUUGUUCUCUGUUUUAAGAAUGACUGAAGCUGUUAACACAGUAAAAAUAAA